AUGGACAAGAUACAUGGGUUUUUGAACGCUUCUACAUAUUUUUCUGAAGUUGUCGUUUAUUCACGACAUAUUGCAAGAGGGUUAACAAUUGUGUUAGGGCUGUUAUAUUCUUUAGUGAUUCCUAUAUCAAUAUUCGGAAUAUACGCGACACAUGAUUUAAGUGUUCUGGUCCCUUCGAAUUCUUCUACUAUUCAAGUAGCUUAUGAUCCUAACGCUCCUACUAAAAAACAAGUUGAUGAUGCAUGUAAACAAGCUGUUAAUUUUUAUUUUGGAACGGUCGUUAGCACUUAUAGUAAAGAAUUAUUACAGCCUCUUGCAACUGAUAAUAAAGGGAAACAAUUAGAAUCGUCUCCCGGAGCAAGUCUUGCAACUGAUAAUAAAGAAAAACUAUUAGGAUCGUCUCCCGGAGCAACUAAUAAAGAAGGAAAAUGA